AGCGAGACCGUCUCAGAUGGAGAUUACAGGAGACAGACGGCGGCUGCGACAUCAACAAGUCAACACAUCUUAAGUGCCUGUUCCGGGACGAUGACCGGUGUUUUUUCCUCCUUAACUGCCUGAAUUAAAUCUGACAAUCUGACUUUUUUGGGACACACGCACGCUUUUGCAUCUGUGCGCGCGCUUUGAGUAACUUCGCAUCUGUCCAGCUUUAGAUGCUCCUCGGUAGGGGAUGUAGAGGAGCACCAACUCACCCAACCUGUUUUUAAUGGAACAGUCUUCAGUCUCUGUUUGGGGCUGUGUUAAAUUGAUAUUUAUUGUUUGGAGGUAAAUUUGUAGUAGACCUAUACGCCCCAUAAGUAGGGGAUACACGUGACAAUAGUCUACAUUUAUUUAAGGGGAAAACUACAAAUUUGCAAUUUCCUCAAAAUCUAGCUGCUUUUUGUUUUUGCUGGUGGUUUACCGUGUGAUAACCACCGACUGGUGGCCCUAGGCUGGUCUACCGACCUUUUUAAUUUGCUUUACUUAGAAUUUAAUUCCAUCACCCUGCGUGUGGUUAAUCCCUCCGCAUUCGGGUAAUCCAGUCGUGGGUCGUUUUUAUUUUUAUUUUUUUAUUUCUUCAAGUUCGUCCUAAUUGUCACCCGCACCAUGCUGUCCAGUGUGCGCCGGCACAGCCUCCGCCUGCAGACCGAGCUCCACCGGUGGAGCAUCUGCGACAGCCACCUUCUCCAGGACAGCCUCCUGUCCCGGGUCCCCGCCUGCAUCUCACGCUCCAAGUCCUGCAUCAGCUCCACCGGGGAGUCGGACGGGAGCCGCGGGAGCUGGUCGUCCUCGGACUCCGUCAUCUCCACCGACUCCUCCGGUGAGCCGACCGGCGGGAGUCCGAUCCGUGUGGUCCUGCUGGGGGCCAACGGGGUCGGUAAGAAGUCCUUUGCCAGCAUCUUCGCCGGAGCAUCGGACGGCAUGGACAGUGAGGACUGCGAGCUGUAUGGAGAUGAAGUGUGUGAAAAGACAAUCGAAGUGGAUGGAGAGACUGCAACUAUAAUUCUGCUGAACACAUGGGAUACAGAGAGUGAGGACGAGUGGGCUCUGGAGCACUCUAUGCAGACAGGUGAUGCCUACCUGUUGCUGUACUCCAUUACUGACCGGGCCUCUUUCCUGCGGGCCUCUGAGCUCCGCAUCACCCUCCGCCGCCACCGUCCUGCCCAGCACACACCAAUCAUCCUGGUGGGGAACAAGUGUGACCUGGUCCGAUGCAGAGAGGUGUCAGUCAGUGAGGGCCGUGCAUGUGCUGCUGUGUUCGACUGUAAGUUUAUUGAAACAUCAGCUGCCAUGCAGCACAACGUCUGGGAGGCUUUCCACGGCAUAGUGCGGCAGCUGCGUCUGCGCCGAGACUCCAAGGAAGCCAACGAGCGCCGCAGGCACAUAAACUCUCAUGCACGAAGAGAGAGCCUGCCCAUGAAGGCCAAGCGUUUCCUCGACAAGAUGGUGGCGAAGAACAAUGCCAGCGUGGCGUUCCGGCUGAAGUCUAAAUCCUGCCACGACUUGUCUGUGCUCUAGGAGCCAGAAGACACCUGUUCCCACGUCCAUCCUGCUCCCAUGAGCAGGUGAAUCAGCUACAGGCUGGAGAGCAGAAGGGACUGAAAUCUGCUCUCAAACAGAGCUAAAAGUUGGAUGGUUCAAUCCCACUCCUCACUCUGUCCACACCCAGCCUUAGCAGAGAAAACACUGUGCAUAUGAGCAGUGUGUCUAACACUUGGGCACCGCUGUCCCUAUAUUGAAGUCUAAAUUAGACGGACUCACCUGAGCUCUGCCAGCCUCUGUGAUGGACUGGAUCAUCAGCCAGUGGAGAAUUGUUAACUUGCCAUAAGGACAUGUCUUAUGUCUGUGUGGCAGACACUUUGGAGGCUGGAGGGAGAGCAGCCAGUGGAGACUGGGAGAAAGGAUGUUGUCAUGUGUUUACUCAUUUCUCUAUGUGAACAAAUCUGUUAGAUUAUCUUCAGCGUUCUCUCUGUUUUUCUCUCGUUUCUCAUCCCAGUCUCUACAUUUUCUCUCACCCUGCUGAAUUUGUUUUCUCUCCCCAAGUGCCAAGAUUACUAAUUGUAUGCUUUGCUGAUUAUUAAAUGUCUUUCAGUGUUUUUGUAUGACUACCAGUUAGCAGUUACUUUCAUAUUAUUUAUAAUAUGCUGUAUUUUGCUAUUUAUAAACUGUUCCCAGGUUAUUUGCAAUGUACCAUAUUACGUGGAAGCAAUUUCCAUUCUGGAUUCAUUGUUUCUGAUUGGAAUAAAGUGGCAUCUCUCCUUUGGA